ACUGGGCCUGAGAGUUUAAAAAGAGCCUGUUCACCCUCUUACCUCACUUCUGAUUCCAGACAUCAAGAAGAAGACGUGACAGAAAGAAGAUCUCCAGACGAAAGUCUCACCGUGAUCGUCCUGAGAAGAAACUCGAGUUCACAAGACCUUUCGAAGAUGAAGCUAACAACGUUCGUUCUUUUCGGCUUGCUGACACUGGCCGUGGCCAUCCCUGCACCGCGUAGGGCGGACAUGCAAGGCCUGCUGUCCGACUUAAGAGACUUGGUGGCUGGGAUAGAAGAAGAACUUGAAGUGGAGAUGGAGAAGAGAGACCAGGCUGACGAAGACAUGCCAGUCGAAGAGGACAUGGAGGCUGAGUUAGAAGGAGAACUGCAGGAGGGGAAGCGACAGUUUGGGCAGGCGGACCGUUGCAGAUCAUACGUUACAGUGUGCAAGAUAAUGAAGGGCAAGUCUGAUGCGCAGUGCCAACAGGAUUGUGAAAAUAACGUUUCAUUGUACAACUAAGGUUGUAUCUCACUGCACUUGCGUCACACAUGCGUCACGCUUGCGUCACCGCGGGAUUCGAAAGAUACUCAACGAAGAUUCAGAGAUAUAGAACAAAUUUUCUUACGUUUUGUGUAUUUUGCUGUCUUCUAAGUCACCCCUUUAUGUAUCUUGCAAUAUUGAAAUCAUUCUAAAAAAAUCGGAGAAAGUAACACAACCAGUGCUGCAGUCAACGAACCCCGCAUGCGCAGUGACUCAAGCGUGGCGUAAGUUCAGUGAACCCACUGUACUAGUACUCGUACUGUAUUUCGUUUUUGAUCAAACUGUACAAACAUAACGAAUUUUUAACAAGUGGUGUGACUAAGUUUGGGCAUAAGAAUAAGUUGUUAACUGUUAAGUAAAUGUUUGAUUAUAAUAAAACAGAGCAACGAUAGUCAAUGUUUGAAUAUGGGAUUAUAAUAAAACAGGUGAAACAUG